AUGGUAAAAGCCAAGAAGUACAUAGUCCAGAAGCAGUUCGACGGUUUGCCAAAAUCAACCGACUUGACAAUAGUUGAGGAAGAAUUGCCACCAGUCACGGAUGGAGAAUUUCUAGCAGAAGCCGUCUACUUGAGCGUAGACCCAUACAUGCGGGCCAUGUCAGACAGUGUACCCAUCGGAGAGACAUUCCUGGGAACCCAAGUCGCCGAAAUAACCCAAAGCAAAAACUCUGACUAUCCGGUUGGAAAACACACCGUAGCACCCUUCGGGUGGCGCACCCACACCCUAUCCACUGGUGGUCCGUUUCCAAUCGGUUUGCCCAAGGCUUGGAUCAUCCCUGACCCCGAAGGUCUCCCACUGUCUUUCUAUCUGGGUGUUUUGGGCAUGACUGGCAACACGGCUUACUUUGGCUUCCUGGAAAUCUGUAAGCCCAAACCCGGCGAAACCGUCGUGGUGUCGGGCGCCGCCGGCGCCGUGGGCAGCAUCGUCGGCCAAAUCGCCAAAAUCAAGGGUUGCAAGGUCAUCGGGAUCGCUGGGUCAGAGGAAAAGGGUAAAUGGUUGGUGAACGACCUCAACUUUGACAAUUUCAUCAACUACAAAGACCCCAAGUUCAAGGAGAAGCUGGAGGAAUUGACACCCAAAGGAGUGGAUUGCUAUUUUGAUAAUGUGGGUGGACAGAUUAGUUCGGAGGUUUUGCAUAGGAUGAAUAAGCACGGGAGGAUAUCUGUUUGUGGGUCAAUUUCUACGUAUAACGACAAGGAGGUGAAAGGUGGGUACGCCGAAAUGGGUGGAUUUGGGGUGACCCUUUUGGUUUUAGCUGGAGUUGUGCAGUCUGACAUAGUUUCCAAACAACUGAAGAUGGAAGGGUUUAUGGUGUAUCAAUGGUGGGACCGAUGGAUGGAGGGCAUCGAGCAAAACAAAAAGUGGAUCAAGGAGGGGAAAUUGAAGUGCAGCGAAACUGUGACCAAGGGUUUCGAAAACACGUUGAAAGCGUUUGUGGAUAUGCUGCAAGGUGGCAACACUGGAAAAGCUAUUGUCCAAAUUUAAAUAAUUAAAUAAACGGUUCUUCAAG